AGCAAACAUAACUGUUAACCGUUUUAAAUAUAGCCAACAGUUUUCCCCCCUCCGUUCUGUAAAUGCGAAACGCACCGUAUUGCAAAAAAGAUGAAGCGGGAGUCGCCGGAGAGUGACGUCACCAGCGCCAACUAUGAGGAGACGGAGCUAACCUUGGGACUACCCGGCGAAGGGUGUCCACGGUCCAUCACCUCCGGAAGAACGUACGGCAAGAGAGUUUUCAUCGAGACCGUUGAUCUCAAGCUUGGGAGAGCACAGGACCAGGUGGGGUGGCCACCGGUGAGAUCAUACAGGAGAAGAGUUGUAGGGGGGUGUAAGUAUGUCAAGGUGGCGAUAGAUGGAGCACCAUAUCUACGCAAAGUAGACCUCCAGCUAUACGGUAGCUAUCAAGGCUUCUCCACGGCUCUUCAGCAAUUGUUCACUUGCACCAUUCCCACCACCGGUGAGUUAGGGGAUGCAAAGGGAGUGGAAUAUAUGGUCAUAUAUGAAGACAAAGAUGGGGACAGCAUGUUAGUUGGGGAUGUUCCUUGGAAUAUAUUCAUGGAAUCUUGCAAACGUAUUCGGCUCAUCAAAAGUUCAGAGACAAUGAGGUUUUUAGCUCCAAGCACUUCUACGAAUUGCUCAAUCACAAGCUGAGACCUUAAUCAACAGUAGAUGACUCCAUGAUUGAUAAUGAAAAAAGCUUUUACAUACAUCUGAAA